UAUCAUAAACGUGAUGCCAGUACUGAGUAACUGACGAUUUUCCAGAGUUAAAGUUACACAAAACAUAUUUUUUAUGCAUAAUAACAUGAAUGGCGGUGGCUUGAUAUUUGAAAGAAUAUUAAGACCACAUGCACCAGUCGGGAACAUAAGUUGAACAUACGUUUAUCUAUCGUACUAAUUUAUUUGUUUCCUAAAAAAUGAAUAAUGUAUCAGGUAAUUUCUCGUAACCGAUAGAGUUUUUUUCAUUUUUUCACGCCAAAAGAAUUAUUUUGUUCUUUAAACAAUGUAUACUGGAUAUUAAUUUGCACACGGCAGCAGCAUAAUUUGCUAUCAUGGUGGGAGAAAAGGGGUCACUCUUCUGCGCUAAGUAUAUUCAGUUGACAUUACUUCCUUGUACUCGACUGCAGUGAUCAGUGUAAUAGAAUGAUCGAGGCACAGUGCACAAUUUGCUUCCAUCAGAGUUGAUAUUGUACUAGUUUUUUUGAUCCGCUCUGCUGCCGAAUAGUAAAAAAUGCCAGAAACGGUGCCAGUAAAGGACUUGGACAGCCUGCUGCAACAAACGCUUGGUCCUGAUCUCAAAGUUCAAAAUUCAAUAUGGAAACCGCUCACUGCACCAGGAGAGAAUUAUGGCAGUUUAAUAUAUUCCGUGGAUGCCAGCGUUGAACGGAAUAAAGAAAUCGAGAGUCUACAUCUGGUUGUAAAAUUGCCACCACCGUCGGCAUAUCUCUUGGAUCUAUUUAACAGCCCACUUUGUUUCCGGAAAGAGCUGGUUUACUAUAGAGAUAUUGUACCCGUAUUCACGGAACUACAAUUUGAAACUAAUAUAGAAGACAAUAAGAUUAUCAGACUUAUGCCACAAUAUUACGGCGGAAGAUUGGGAUCGGAAGAUCCGAACGUUUUCGAUAACCAGGCCGCUAUUGUUAUGGAAAAUCUGAUUUCAGUGGGAUACUACGUUAGAGAUAGAUUGCUGGGAUUGGACUUGGAUCACACGGAACUCGUCAUUGAAGGACUAGCAAAAUUACACGCUAUUGUAAUUGCGUUGAAAAUUAGGAAACCUGAUUUUUUCAGGGAGACCGUCAUACCUGCCUUAGUGCACACUGCAAAUGAAACAGCUAUGGAAGCCGUAAGAGGAAUGCUCAAAGAGGCGCACGAUGUUUACAAGCAACUACCCGAAGCAAAGCCAUUUUUGGAUCGUAUCGAUAGAACUUUAAAAUAUGAUUACGAAACCGAUUGGAGAACUUUCAAGUCAACAGAACCAUGGGGAACAAUGGUGCACAACGAUUUUUGGUCCAACAAUGUGCUAUUUAAAUACAGCGAGAAAGGUCUAGUAUUUGUUUCUAUAUGGGAAUGUGUCCUGGACUCACUCCAGAAGGAAACAUCGAAUCUUUUCAUGUGCUUACUCAUGUGCGGGGUUCAGGCUGCAACGUAGCCAAACAGCUAUAAGUUGGUCAAGGUGAGAUAACAAAAACUACGAUCUCAUCCUCAAUUGAAGAAUGAUGUGAUAAAGACUUUGAGUUAAAUAUAUCCUUUUUUUCAAUAUCGGGUAUUACAAUAUGUACAGAUAGCAUGACUCAACUUUUGCUGUGCAUGAACAAUAUAAUGAUUGAAACAUUAAUGAUAAAUAUA